UCCUAGGGCGCACGCGCAGCCCAAGCGGGCAGCGCGCCUCGCACAGGGACCACAACUCCCAGAGUGCUCUGCGCUCUCGUCGCCGCUAAGACCAAGAUGGCCGGGAGACUGGCCGCGUUCCUCAAGAAUGCAUGGGCCAAGGAGCCGGUGCUGGUCGUGUCCUUCGCCGUGGGGGGCCUUGCUCUAAUUCUGCCGCCACUCAGCCCCUACACCAAGUAUGCCAUCAUGAUCAACGAGGCCACACCCUACAACUACCCAGUGCCCCUGAGAGAUGACAGCAACAUGCCUGAUGUGCCCAGCCACCCCCAGGACCCUGAGGGUCCAAGCUUGAAGUGGCUGAAGGACCUGUGAAUUCUGCAGUGACUGAAGAGGCUCCUCUCCUGUGGCCCCCAAUAAAAAUGUGAAAUCCAGCCCCACA